UGAAGCAUGGCUCUUCUAUUAGAUUAUAGUAUGAGGUUAAUAUUUGAUCUUUGUAAUGGUCUGUUUUCUUAAUGUAGGUCUGUAGGGAUUUACUUCAAUUGUCCUUUAGCAAAAUGGAUGCAAAAACUUAUUUAGGGCUAGAGUGCUAUUAAUUUUUUCAGGUUGGAUAAUAUAAUUUGUGGUAUGUUGGUCUUGAAGCAUAUUAUCGGUGAUGCUCAGCUACUAUUUAGGUUCAUAUUCAUAGUUGGGUUGCAUAGUACUUUCUUGACUUGUUAUAGUGGGAGGAAUUGAUAACAAAGGGAAAUGCAAUUUUAUAUGAGGAAGUUAAUAGAUGAUGACAAUUGGCAAAUUGGCCCUGAAUAAUCUAGGUUUCAUCAGUAAGUUGUUCAUGAAAAGCUCAUUAGAUGGUCACAGCAUAUUAUUUGUGGAUCACUUGCUAGGGUGCCAUUUAAAGUGAAGAUAACAUAUCCUUUAUGCUGUAUAAUGGGAAAAUGGCUGCAAAAGCAUAAUCAUUCUGUUUACUGUCCCUUCUUCUGUCUUAUUUAACUGGAGACAACCCAAUUCCAUUGAAUUUUGUUGCAACUUCAUGUCAAAUAAUAAUAGGGUUGGUAGGACUUUGGCUUGCACAAAUUAUAUUAUCCAUCUUGAAAAACUAAGACUGAUUCCUAGUGAUCAUUAAAUUUCUUAUGAUAUGUCUACAUGCUUUAAGGAGUAUUAUGUUCAGCAAAAGCAUCUCUUAUAUAGGUCUUAACCUGGGAGGUACUGCAAAACUGGUGGCUAAAUACCGACCUGGCAUGCCUAUUUUAUCUGUAGUUCACCUGAGAUUAAGACCGAUUCCUUUGAUUGGUCCUGUAGUGAUGAAGCUCCUGCAAGGCAUAGCCUUAUUUUGCGGCGUGUUGGUACCUGUUUUAUAAUUAUAUGCAGGAUCUGCUAGGGCUUCUCAUGCAGAGACAACAGAAGAAUCUUUGAAUUUUGCCAUUCAACAUGCCAAGACGAAAGGACUAUGCAAGAAUGGAGAUUCUGUUGUGGCCUUGCACCGAGUUGGAGCUGCAGAGAUAACUUUUGUUUCAGCUUCCUCCUUAAUCAAGGAUGUGAAAAGCGAUUGGGCAACCCUCGUUUGCAAUUUGCCUCAAGAGGAAGGACCUCAUUGUAGGGCUGUUUUUCCUUUUCUGAAUUCCCCAAUUCAUGUGCUACAAUUUGCGACUUCUGGUGCCAAACUUGCUGUAGGUUUUGAAUGUGGUAGGAGGACAACACUUCUGUCUCUACUACAACCAAUGGAAAGCAUCUAGAGAUGCGGCUAUUAACAAGAAUCAACCUCUGGAUGAAAUUACUUCAAAAGGGGCUAAUUCACAAUGCAGCGAACAUCAUUCCUCUGCAGGUAUUGCACUCAUCGGUGAAAGAUUAAUGGAUUCACUUAUUCUCUUUGUUGUGUGGAUUCAUUGUGCUUGUUCUUUAAACAGAGUGUGAUUCAUGUAGUUCUGUUGCCCUUGUGCAUGCUUACUAUUGCUUCAUACUCUGUUCACAAGUUAAAUGAUAGCUAAAUUAUUUUUAGGGAAACAAUAAAUCCAUUUUUAAAGUGAAACAUUCGAACCCUUGCUGUUGGAAACUUUUAGGAAGGAUGACAAAGUCUGUGGACUGAUCUUGCUGUUUUGGACUGAAUCAAUUGAAAUCAGGUGAAAUGCUUUCAAUGCUAAGAUUAUUAAUAUAAGAAUGUUGACUGUAGAGUAUAACUUAUCUGUUAUGAUAAUGAGAGGAAUAGGAGCUGAGGGAAUGUAUAGGAGAGUGUAUUGUAUAAGUAGGAUAUGAGCUGUUAUGGGCAGUUGUAAAUGGAGGGAAAUGACUGAAGGUUGUUAAGAAAUCAAACUUAGUUGAGAGUCUAUAAAUAGAAAUGUAAUGGAAGAAAGGAAAGAGUUAUGAUCAGUAAAGAAAAUAAUAUUCUUCCCUCAUCUAUUCUCUCUAUCUAUUUCUCAUCCCUAUUUUUUCUAUUAUCUCAAUCUCCUUUCUUUUUCAUUCUUGGAGCAGAAACCCUAACUCAAGGAUUAUGUGACAAAUUGAUAUCAGAGCCCUGAUCUGAGCUGGGUUUACUUCCAAUAUUAUCUGUUGGAGUCACAACUCUAAGUAGAUCCAUGGGAGUCUUCCAAAAUUUCAGAAUUCCAGGUUUUUCUCUGCUCUCCUCUCUUUCUCUUCUUCCCUCUAUUACUUCUUUUCUUCUUCCUUGAAAUUUCUUCCCUUUCUUCCCUCUAUUUCUUCUUCCUUCUCUCCUUGAAAUUUCUUCCCUUUCUCACCUCUAUUUCUUCGUCUUCUUCUUUCUUUCUUGAAAUUCUUGAAUCUUCUUUCUUCUUCUGUUACUUUCUUGUUCUUUCAUCUAUUCCCUUCUUUAAUUUCUCAUUUCCAGCAUUUCAAGAAACAAGUUUCUUGAAAUUCUUGAAAUUUUUGUUCUUCCUCCACCUUUUCCUUAUUUCCUCUUUCUUGAGAACUAAACUUUUCCCAAAUUCCAGAACUAUUUGAGAUAAAAAAAAAGGGGUUUUUUUUCCCCCUCUCUUGCUGGCUACCUUAUUCCUUUUCCUUCUAUCAAAUUCUUCUCAAUCUCUCUAUUUCCAAUUUCUACCCUGUUAGGGUUUCUUUUCUUUAUUCUUUCUUGAAAUUCUUGAAAUCCUUAAUGCUGCCUCAACUUUUCUUCCCCUGUUCCUAUAAUUUUUUCUUAUCUGAGAAACAAAAUUUUCUGACAUCCUACCCAACCUUCUACAAGAUGAUCAUGGAAGGCCAUCCUUGGGAACAGAAGUUACUUCAUAGGAUUAUGAAAAUUGUCAAAAGAGGAUUAAAAAGGCAAGAAGAAUUGUUGUUUCAAAAAUUAGAGAAAUAUGAGAAGUCGUUUCAAGAGAAAAGAGACAAAGUGAUGGAAGCAAUUCAAGUGGUAAAGGAGAAUGUUGCGGUCGAGGAUCCACUUUUUGAAAAUUCAAGUGAAGAACAAGAUGCUUCCGACGAAACUUCCAAUAAGAAAGACAAGUACACUGAGAUGAAGCAAGAGCAGGAUCUUAUUUCUUAUACGUCUAAUACAAGAGAGGACUACGAGGAGGAGAAGCAUGUGAAUGGUGAUGAUAUGAUACUGGAGUUUGCAAUGGGGAAUGCAAAAGCUAAAAAUGAAAUUCUUGCUAUAGAAAUUCAUGGGAAUAUUUUUGACAACAAGAAAGAUGGAGUUACAAAAAGUGUGGGUACUGUAAGCAAGUGGCAGAAUUCUACUAACCAAGAUUGUGAGUGUAGCUGUUGUAAUCCUGUAAGUCUCAUAGAAGAUGAAUGGGAAAUAUCAAGAAGGGAAAGAAAGAAAGCUCAGCCAUCAAAGUAUUGUGAUUUUGAAGGAACAAGCAUGAGAAAUUUGGAUAAGAAAAAGGAAAAAAAAAUUCAUUUCCACAUUUUGAUUCUUUCUUCUAGGUUAUUUUCUGCAACUAAAGUAUACGUUCAUUUUCUGGAUAUGGAGGCAAUAGUUUUCCAAUCAAAAUAGCAAGGAAACUACUAUACAUGGGCAUGCAUUCAUCUCCAAAUUCAAGAUUUUGGUUUUUCCUUUCAGUGUUACAGUUGUAGCUCUCAUUAUUCAUUCUUGAGGACAAGAAUGAUCUCAAAAAGUGGGGAAUGUUAUGAUAACGAGAGGAAUAGGAGCUCAGGGAAUGUAUAGGAGAAUAUAUUGUAUAAGUAGGAUAUGAGCUGUUAUGGGCAGUUGUAAAUGGAGGGAAAUAACUGAAGGUUGUUAAGAAUUCAAACUUAGUUGAGAGGCUAUCUAUAAAUAGAAAUGUAAUCGAAGAAGGGAAGGAGUCAUGUUCAAUAAAGAAAAUGUUAUUCUUGCCUCAUUUAUUCUCUCUCCCUCUUUCUCAUACCUAUUUCUUCUACUAUCUCAUCUCCUUUCUUUUUCAUUCUUGGAGCAAAAACCCUAACUCAAGGAUUAUGUGACAUUACCUUCUUAACAUAAUGUCUUACCAAUGUUUUUGAAAGCCCUCCCGGCUAGCAUAAGGUCAAUUCAUUGAUAUGUUGAUACUUGUACCUGGGCUGAUCUUUUCCAUAUUUUGAAUUGGUGAAAGAAAGCUCCUUAAUGUCAAUUCUUAGGUGAACUACAAAACAAACAUGGAGAAGAAGAUGAGUUUUGACAAUG